CUUCUCUGAUUGAGAGAAGAAGAGUGUGUGCGAGUGAGAAAAGUGAGGAGUGCACGCGGGGCUUUAAGGGGGGUCGAGCUUCUUUCAUUGUUUCCAAGUGGCAUUCGAUUCUCAGUCGACGAAGGUGCUUCGUGUCGCCAGGAACAUUAUUUCAGACUCUUCGUAGCUCGAUAAACUCCUUAAUAUGGCUGACGACGAACCCGCGGCGUGGGAUCUCGACGACCUCGGCACCGAAGAAACUCCAGCGGAAACCGUCGAAACUCCCGCUGCACCAGCCGCCCCCGCUGAUGGCAAAAAGGCCGAAAAAGUGGAAAAACCGCGACUCGACAUCUCCGGCUUUCCCAAGGCUCCCAAACCCAAAUACACCCUCCACUGGGUUCGACCGCUCUUCCUCAAUUAUCGUUAUCUCUACGACUACAGGCAAAAUUACUACAACGACGUGAUGGACUGGCUGGACAAGAAGGAGCGUGGCGUUUGGCGAGAGGAGCCGAGGGCCCAGGAAUGGGGCGAGCGAAUGUUCCGCACCGCUUACGAGAAAAACGUGAACAAAAGUUUCAAACGCACGUCGGAUUUGAGAUGGAUCGAGGGUUACAGGACGGUGCCUCAGCACUACAGUUAUCAUACACGCGCUUAUUACAGUCUCAAGUACAUGAAGAUUCUCUGAAGAUUCGUAAAGCAUUGUUGAAUUAUUUUGAAAAUAAAACAAAUAUCGUCUUCACAAAACAA